CCCAACAUGUGUUGAGUGUGGCCCCUCCCAUCCCAACCAUCUGGUAGGUAAUAAGAGGGCUCCCCCACAGGAGAGUGUCACUACACCGACCGGCGCUCCACCUGAAACCGCAAAAGCCAAGCAAGCAAGAUGCCCGUACCCAAGAAAGCAGGAAGAAAGAACAACGGGGCAGCAGAAGAGAAGCUGCCGCCCUAUGAACCCAACAUCCCCGAACCAACCACCAGGGCAGACUUUCUCAAAUACUGGAUGCCACUGACUUUGGAUGACAAAACGGCGCAGAAGCUGCUAUGGAUCUCGGAAAACGGAACGAAGGUGGCGCGCACAUCCGAUGCCGUCUGUCCUUAUCCCAACAGACCGGAGAGAUACGAGCACUCGCCACAGGUGCUGUGCAAGGAGAGCCUCCUGGGCUCGCGCGGCUACUGGGAGGUUGACUUUGAGGGCUGGGUGGUGAUCGGUGCGGUGGCGGAGAGCGCCCCCCGCAAGGACGGCCCCUGCGGCCUGGGCGAGAACGCCGGCUCCUGGGGCGCGGGCUGGGCGGGCUCCUGCUACCAGGUGUGGCACAACGGCGAGAACGUGGACGUGGACUUGCCCCUGUGCAAAACGCUGGGCGUGUACGUGGACCAGCCGGCCGGCAUCAUCAAGUUCCUGCUGGUGGAAGGCGAGGGCGACAAGGAGGUGCGGUUGGUGCACAAGUUCAAGAUCAGCGUGCAGGAGAAGCUUCUGCCCGCCAUGUGGGUGGGCACAAACUCCUCCUGCCUCAUUCGGAAAAAGGAGCAGUGAAUCACGAGGCCGGAGGCUGAUAUGAGUGGACCUUUACGGUGAAACAAGCGCUUGAGGAGUCCAAGGCGGAAGGAGCGCGCGUGCCUGUUUUGAUGCCCAAUUCUUUUAUUAUACUGUGUAUUUUCCUUUUCUUUUUUAGAGUUAGACAAAGGUGACUUUGCAUCUUUCCAUGUGUGCUCCACAGCUUGCAUAUUUUAGUGUGCCAAAUAAAAUGAACUUCUGUGUAAAAAAAAAAUAAAACUCGCUAAUUUAAUUGUAAGCUUGGCUUGAGGUGUCGCAGCGCAGUACAAUAUGACGAGCCCGCGUUGUCUCACUUGGUGUUGCUCCUUUAUUUGAAACACAAAAGAAGAACAUCCCGCCAACUGUCGCUUGGACAUUUCACGUUAAAUUCACUCCGAACCUUUUGCAUUUCACUCACUUCUGUCAGUUUCAGUCAUUCGUUCACUUCAAGAAAUAACAAAAAACAUUUGAAGUACAAUCAUUGGACGAGUCAGUCACCGGUUUGCAAAGUACAAAGAGGCAAAUAUGCAAGUUUGAACAAUGAAUUACGGGAGGUGCUGCUGGUGUGCCAACAUUUUCAACAUUAGCAUUUCACAUUUUUAUCUUCAAGGAGAACAAAUGCUUUCGAAGCGAGGGCCUGAUGACGGACUGGGAACUAUUAUUGUAGUUGUUACCAUGCGAUGUCAUCCGUCCUAACAUGCUAGCACACGCUAACCGCAGCAACAAUGACAGAUGCACUCGUGUGUUACAAAAGAUGAAUAUUUUAAAUCAUUUUUGUGU